AUGAACCUCAAGACUCGUUCGCAAGCGAAGUCGCAGAGGCAAGCUUCUCCCAAGGUUAAUUCGAAGCCUGCAGCAUCGCAGCCCAAGGAUGAUAAGUCACCGCGCGUGUCCAGCGCAACCCGGGAACGAUCGGCGGAGAUUGCAGAUACAAAGGCGAAACGAGUUCGAACCGGAUGCUUGACCUGCCGCGAGAGACAUCUCAAAUGCGACGAGGCCCUGGGUCGAUGCCUCAACUGUCGCAAAUCGGACAGGAUAUGCCGACGCGGCAUCCGUUUGAACUUUAUCGACAUCCAAACAGUGGCGCCUCCACACACUAUCGCUCGCCCUCAUGGUGCAAAAGUGACCUUCCGCGACGAUUCUCGCUUCAUUGCGUCCGAGUACGUGGGAGGUUCCGAGAGAUACCCUCCUCCACAGCCCGAAAGUCCCAUUGAGGAACGGAGACACCUACAGCAAGAUGCUUUUAGCUAUCUAGAUCAUGACCAGCUAGCGACUCUGUUUCAGUCAGUGGCUCAUUCUAUUGACCCCGCAGCAUUUGAUCCCUCCCAUGCCGGGGCCUUCAUAGGAGGUCCUGAAAUCUGGCACUCAGACGAGGCUCAUCUCUUGCCAGGGGAUGAGUUGCUGCCGCAUGGAACAUCGAACUUUGCGCGGAAGCUCGCAGCGAAACAGUUUUACCCUACACCUCUGUCUGAUCCAGAGCAAGUACUUCUUCUGCAAGCGUACGUUGAUGAAGUUGGAUGCUGGAUGGAUUCCCUCGACUCAACGCGAUACUUUUCACAAAUUCUUCCAAUGCAUGCUAUUGGGGAACCGGUUUUGCUCAAAGCUUUCAUGGCCUGUGGUGCCCGGCAUCUCUCACUCGUCGAUCCAACAUUUGACAAUCAAAAGGCUGCAAAGUACUACGACGAAGCGACACAGGAUCUGAUGAUUGCCAUGCACGACCCCAAUCGCGACUCGGUACUUUGUACAACUGCGGCCUUGAUCCUCAGCAUCUACGAGAUUCUGGCGCCUCAACAGACACAGAGCACGAAUCACAUUGGGGGUUCGAGAGCGUUGAUUCGUGAAUGUGGCUGGACAGCUCGGACGCCGGGUCUUGGAAGCGCGUCUUUCUGGAUCAGCGUGGGCAUGGAAUUGCUGAGUGCACUGCACUAUAAGUGGACCUUGUCAUGGAAUCCAGAUACCUGGGGCGUUGACAUGACCAUGCAGAAUAACACAUAUCAAGCUCAUGUGGCUAGCAAGACUGAAGAGGUGUGGCUUCACAGGGCUAUCUAUAUCUGUGCGAAAGUCGCGAAUUUCCGAAUCACGGCGCAGUCGUUUCAGUCAAUCAAUGGCUCGGUAAAUUAUGCGAAUGAGUUAAGCGACGUCUAUACGGAAUGGUCGCACUACGAUUCGCUGUGUCAACAGUGGCAUGAACACAGUCCAAGAACUCUGAAACCUCUCGGCCAUAUCCCUCCCUGGCAGACUCAACCCAAGUCUUCGUUUCCUCGGAUCUGGUUACCUAAUCGGCUCGCGACAGUCUCCCAGCUGUUUUACCAUACGGCCUGUUUGAUGCUCGGCAAAGCGCAUCCUCUGCAAGCCGAUUAUCAUCGAACAAUGCAACAGGUGCAUGCACACGAUAUAUGCGGUAUCGUGGCCAACACAAAAGACAAAGGAGUCAUCAAUGUCUCAAUCCGGUGCCUUGCCCUUGCCGCAGAAUGCCUCGACACGGAGGAAACUCAGAAAGAAGUUCUGUCUAUCUUCGACACUCUGGUAAAAGAUACCAGCUGGCAUGCCGAGCCUAUCCAAGAAGAGUUGAAGCAAAUCUGGGGUGUGUCUCAUUCUCAUCAAGAAACGAUGGAUCCAAGUCAGUUGUACAGCCAUCAAUUUGGUUUGGAUCCGAGUCUGUUAAUUCCCAAGGGCCCCGAGUUUCCGCCCGGAUUGUCGAAUCCACUGCUGGACGUUGGCGACUUUUCGAUGGACAAUCACCCGUACCAGGAGCAUUAUGUUGCACCUCAUCACCUUGGACUGGACCCUCAUUUGUUCUCAUAG